AUGAAGGAAACCGAGGUGCUGGACGUCUUCGGUAACGAGGAUGGUGCCGAUAUUCAGUACAAGACCAUGACCUGGUGGCAAGGUGCCAUGAUCAUGAUCGCCGAGAACAUCUCACUUGGUAUCUUGUCUUUGCCUGCUGUCCUCAAGACCAUCGGUCUGGUUGGCGGUAUAAUCGCUAUCCUCCUCAUGGGUAUCAUCACCACCUACUCUGGUUACACUCUGUGGCAAUUCCGCAUGAGAUACCCCCAAGUCGCCUCCUUCGGUGAUGUCGGUUACAUUCUUAUGGGCAAGGUUGGACGUGAACUGUUCGGUUUCGCAUACGUUACUUUCUGCAUGGCUUCUCACGUUCUGACGUUCAUCAUCGCAAUGAAUACCCUCACCAACCACGGAACUUGCAGCAUCGUCUUUGGUAUCGUCGGUCUGGUUCUCUUCUUCCUUCUUACUAUUCCUCGCACUAUGAAGAACGUAUCCUUCUUGGCUAUUGCUUCUUUCAUUUCCAUCCUCUCAGCUGUCAUGAUCACCAUGAUUGCUCUUGGUGUCAACCCUCUGGAGGGCCGCAACAUCGUCGACGCCGCACACCCCAACUUCCCUACUGCCUUCAACAGUGUCUCCAACAUUGUUUUCGCCUAUGGUGGACACGCUGCCUGGUUGAGCUUCAUCAGUGAGCUCCGUGACCCCAAGGACUACCCCAAGGCCUUGAUAACUCUUCAGGCCGUCGAUACUUCGCUCUACCUGGUUGCUGCUGUUGUCAUCUACUACUUCGCUGGUGACAUGGUCACCAGUCCUGCUCUCAGCAGUGCUUCUCCUCUCGUCUCCAAGAUCGCCUGGGGUAUCGCCUUGCCCACCAUCAUCAUUGCUGGUGUCAUCUUCGGUCACGUCACCGCCAAGUACAUCUAUAUCCGCCUCUUCGCUGGCACCAAGCACCUUCACAGCCGUGGUGUCGUUGCCACUUCAUCCUGGUUCGCCAUCAUCUUCGGUAUCUGGUUCGUUGCAUGGAUCUUGGCCGAGUCGAUUCCCAACUUCAGCAACUUGCUCGGAUUCGUCGCUGCUCUCUUCGCCUCGUGGUUCAGUUACGGACUUCCCGGUGUCAUGUGGCUUUACAUCAUGAAGGGCAGCUGGUUCAGCAGCCCCAAGAAGAUUUUCCUCUUCUUGUGCAACGUUAUUUUGGUGCUCUUGGGUAUCAUCAUCUGCGUUGUUGGUCUUUACGCAUCAGGCACCGAGCUGGCCAAGGACUCCAGCGGUCGCUCCUGGUCUUGCGCUGACAACCGCUAA